AUGGAGCCGCCCCCGGGACCGCGCGAGGUGCCCAGCGCCGGGGACGAGGACUCGGAGGAGCCCGAGUCCGAUCCCGACGCGCAGGCCGCGGCGUACGUGGCCCGCGUGCUCGGCCCGCCGCCGCUGGGGCUCGCGGCCCCCCGCGCCCCGCCGCCGCCCGCGCCCGCCGCUUUCGCCCCCGACCCCGACUCCGACGUGCGGGCGGCGCGCCGGGGGCCCGACGCGGGGGAGCCGGGCCUGCUGAGCCUGCCCCCCGAGCUGCUGCUCCAGAUCUGCGCCUACCUCGACGCGCGCCUGGUGCUCCACGUCCUGCCGCGCGUGUGUAACGCGCUCCGCGACCUGGUGCGCGACCGGGUCACCUGGAGGCUCCGCGCGCAGCGGCGGGUCCGAGCGCGCUACCCGGUGGUGGAAGAGGAUGACUUCGACUGGCCGGGCGCCUGCAUGGAACUGGAGCAGCAUCUGGCGCGCUGGGCGGAGGAUGGGCGCUGCGCCGAGCACUUUUGCCUGGCCAACGGCCACAUAGCCUCGGUUGACUCCGUGCUGCUCCUGGAGGGCGGGUCCUUCUGUCUGUCUGGCUCCCGCGAUCGCAAUGUGAACCUGUGGGAUCUGCGGCAGCUUGGGCCGGAGCCCAGCCAAGCGCUGGUCAAAGCCCUGGGUUCGAAGCCCUACAGCACCCACGAGGGCUGGGUGUGGUCACUGGCAGCUGUGGACCACCGUGUGUGCUCGGGCUCCUGGGACAGCACCGUGAAGCUCUGGGACAUGGCAGCCGAUGGGCAGCAGUUUGGCGAGAUCAAGGGCAAGGCGGCUGUGCUGUGCCUGUCCUACCUGCCUGAUGUCCUGGUGGCUGGCAGCUAUGACAAAAAAGUGUCCGUCUAUGACCCCAGAGUGGGCCCUGCUUUGCUGCACAGCCAGCGGCUACACUCAAGCGCGGUGCUGGCGCUCCUGGCCGACGAACAGCGCAUCGUGUCCACCAGCGAGGACCACACACUGGUGGUAUUUGACCGCCGCAACCACGGUGUCCUACAGCGGUUGCAGCUCGACUCCUACCUGCUGUGCCUGUCCCACCAGGAGCCCCAGCUCUGGGCUGGUGACAACCGGGGCGCCUUGCACGUUUUCUCCAGCCACCAGGGUGGCUUCCAGCAUAUCCGGUCCUUUGACGUGGGUCACCGCUCUCAGAUCACGGGGAUCAGACACUCACUGGGGACCCUGUACACGACAUCCACCGACAAGACCUUCCGGGUCCACCUGCCCACUGAUCCCCCCAAGACCAUCUGCACCCGCCACCAUGACAACGUGCUGAAUGGGAUCUGUGCCGAUGGCAACCUGGUAGUGGCUGCCUCAGGGGGCCUGUCACUGGAGGUGUGGCGGCUGCUGGACUGAGAAACCUGCCACCCACCAACCUGCCCAGUGGCCUCUCUUCUUGGGGAACUUUCCCCCUUUUUGGU